AUGGAUGAAAAUCAAAAAAAAAUUAAUCCGUCCAAAAUCCGGAAUUUCUCAAUUAUCGCUCAUAUCGACCAUGGUAAAUCAACCUUAGCGGACCGUUUAUUAGAAAAAACCAACUUAAAAAAUAGUAAUAAGUCGUUAGAGAGGGUGCUGGAUAGUCUUUCCUUAGAACAAGAAAAAGGCAUUACCAUUAAACUAAAUGCGGUUCAAUUAUAUUAUCCGCCGGAAAGUCCCGAACCUUACAUUUUUAAUUUAAUUGAUACACCCGGGCAUGUAGAUUUUAUGUAUGAGGUUUCCCGUUCCUUGGCCGCUUGCGAAGGAGUAAUAUUAUUGGUGGAUGCGGUAAAAGGUAUUCAAGCUCAAACUCUCGCUUAUUACGAAAUUGCUAAAAAACUUAACUUGAAAAUUCUGCCGACUAAUGAAUCAGUAGUAGGCAAAACUCAUUUCAUAGGAGGACACAAACAUUUAUGUUGUAGUUAUAUCAGAAGUGGUUUCGCUCCUGUCAACUAUCCAUUUCCUCACUUACUGGUUCCCGACGAUAAUUCAAUUUUAGCUAAUAGCAUUAUCAAUAACCCAGACGGUGGCGAUUUUUUCACCAUUCCUUUUUCGGAUUUGAAAUUUUGCCCUUCUUUUCUAAAAAAAGGCUCCCCCAUCCAAGAUGCCUUUUUGGUUAAAAAUACCAACCGGGUGAAAAAAAUAACUGAAAAGGAACUUGGUUCUUUCCAAAUUAUUACUUUUAAGGUGCUGAACCAAAAGAAAAUUAAAGAAUCUGCUCCGGGGACUUAUCGACAAGAACUAGAAAUUGAGCCUUUUUCCCUGGGGAUUGAGGGAUUGCCAGAAAUUUCGAAAAUUAUUUUUUCUUUCGGCUAUGGCCAGUCCCUCGAAAGCACCCCCGAUUCAUUAAUGAAAACUAAAUUGUAUAACAGUGAUAUUGAUAAUAAGAGCGAUAGUGUUUUAACUUUCUCCGGUUCGAAAGAAUUUGAUGUAGAUAGUUUGCAGGAAAAACUGGUCAACCAUAAUCCCGACCGGCCAAGCAAUAAUCCCUCACCUCCGAAUCAGCAUAAUAAUGAUUCUACUACACCAGAAAAAGGAAACAAAGGACUAAUAAUUGGCGGAGUGAUAGUAAUUUUGGUCGUUUUAGUAUUAACUAUUGGCUUUCUGGUGGUGAAAAAAAAAAAAAAAACAGUUCUACUACCAGCCGACAAAAAAUCCUCACCACCGUGCUGA